GCAGAGCCCGAGCGGUGGCUAAGCUACGCUCAUCUUGCGGAUAGUAAACUGCCCAAGAGGGUCUUCUUCCUGCUGCCCAGCCGCUCAACAUGAGCCACGGAAAGAGAACGGACAUGUUCCCGGAGAUCGCCGCCGCCGUGGGCUUCCUCUCCAGCCUCCUGAGGACCCGGGGCUGCGUGAGCGAGCAGAGACUCAAGGUGUUCAGCGGGGCGCUCCAGGAGGCACUGACCGAUCACUACAAACACCACUGGUUUCCAGAGAAGCCAUCCAAGGGCUCUGGCUAUCGCUGCAUCCGCAUCAACCACAAGAUGGAUCCCAUUAUUAGCAAAGUGGCCAGCCAGAUUGGACUCAGCCAGCCCCAGCUGCACAGGCUCCUGCCCAGCGAGCUGACCCUGUGGGUGGACCCCUAUGAGGUGUCCUACCGAAUUGGAGAGGAUGGUUCCAUUUGUGUCCUGUACGAGGAAGCCCCAGUGGCUGCCUCCUAUGGGCUCCUCACCUGCAAGAACCAAAUGAUGCUGGGCAGGAGCAGCCCCUCCAAGAACUACAUGAUGGCAGUCUCUAGCUAGAUCUGGGCCAUCCUACCCUGGCACUCUACUGUACUCAAUGCUGCCGUGACAACAGGCCACCGAAUACCUCAACCUGGGGAACUGUAUUUUUAAAUGAAGAGCUA